UUGUUUUUUAUUUUGUGUGAAACGUCGAAGAACCGACACCGAACAACAACAACAACAAUUAUACAUAUAUAUAUUAUACAAGCAUAUAUAUAUGUAUAUACAUACGAAGAUUCCUGUCGCGAUUUUGUAAAUGUUCGGGAAUUAAUUUAGAUGGAAUGAAGCCAAAAAUCAUGGCUGAGCGUUCACUAACAUUAACCAGAACAGACUUGGAACUGUCCGAAAGAAGUCCGACGUUACAUUUAAGGUUAAAAAAGGUAAGGAAUAACAAGAAGGUAAAAUGGACGAAUGAUACGGUUGACAAUGAGGGCCUGAACCGAAAGAAAUCGAAAUGCUGUUGUAUAUAUGAAAAGCCUCGUAACUUUGGAGAAUCUUCAUCUGAAGAAGACAAUGAUGAAUGCGACAGUUGUCAUGGCCACAAGAGUCACUGCUACAAAACAAAAGAUCCCACUGAAUCUGAAAUAGAAGGAUCCAAGUCUCCCCCAGGAAAAAAUUGUUCACACAAGGAUAAUCGCAAUAAAGAUGGCAAGGAUAAUAAUGAUAACAAUAACUAUGAAGCUGGAGGAAAGUCUCUGACAUAGGAAAAUUAUUUUUAUCAUCCUUUUUUUGGGUUUUAAUCCUACAUGCAAGAGGAGAGUACUCAAAAACUACUCUCUCUUUCUCGCUCUCGCUCUGUCUCUCUCUCUCUCUUUCUCUUCAUAUUCUCUUAAACAAUUAUCUUUUUUCCUAUUUUGGUUAACUUAAAGAACCAAAAUAUUGCUAUGAAAAAAAACAACAACAAAAAAA